ACCGACAUCUAUAUCAGAUUUAUGGGCAAAAAUUUUCACAAUAGCUGUAUGCCAUUUCCAACAAGGAUGGUUUUUAACCUAAAACACUCUUGAAAGGCCGGGUUACAACUUGUGCACUGUCGUUUCCACACCUCAUUGCUUUAAAAGGAAGAAUGGGAGUGACAGAGGGAUACGCCAAUGGCCUAGGAAGAAAUGCUUAGUUGUCUUGCAUAACAUAAUUGUACUGUGGCCAUGAAAAUGGAAAUCUGCAACAAUAAGUAAGUCGUAGAUUCAAAUUCAGUCGAAAAGCUUUGUGGUCCAUAUUCUUACUGGAUUGAUAACCUUUCCAGGUGCUAAUAUUUUCAUUUUUCCUAUGUAUUGUAUAAACCUCUGGAAAGUCCCUGAACAAUCUAUCUAUGCUCUUCUUCAUGGUCUCUCCUUCCCAGACUGUUGAUCUUUCUAAGAAACAGCUCAUUCCCAACAUGAUUUCUUCUAAUGUAUUUCUAGAACUCAGGAUGAUCAGUAUAUAGUCAUCAUGAUAUUUUCGUCAUCUUCAUCAAUAUGGUUUCAAGUGCAGGCCUUACAUCUAUAGGAGACUAUGAAUCUGCAGAAAAGACACGCAAGAGAUUAAUGGCUGCCACUGCGUGCAGAAAUCUAUCAGAUGAUAACUUAUGGGAGGAGGAUGGUAUUUUGGAUGACACUGCAGAUAAGAAGACAAAGUUGACAUUGGAACAAGCGAAGGUGUUGGAGAAAAGUUUUGAGGAGGGCAACAAACUGGAUCACGACAGAAAAAUGGAGCUGUCCAGAACGCUAGGGUUACAACCCAAACGGAUUGCUGUGUGGUUUCAGAACAGGCGAGCUAGAUGGAAAGCCAAGCAACUCGAAAAAGAUUAUAAAAAUCUCAAGCAGAGCUACAAUGCCCUCAAGACCCACUAUGACGUCCUCCUUCAAGAGCGCACCAAUUUCAAAGAUGAGGCUAAGCGAUUGAAGAGAGAACUGGUGGACAAGAAUGAGAGCAACUUCAACGGCAGAGAUUCAGACCACCAAUCUCAGCAAAACUCAACCGCAUUAUUUCACCAGAGCUCAACUUCUCCAACUGAGAUGGUUAUAACUAGCUGGGAGGCAUGUGAAAAAGAUUCACAGCAAGGUGGAUGCUCAAGUGAAGGCAGCUCUGUCAAACCAUAUACAUUGAGCAAUUCAGAAUAUGGGCUGAUGUCAGAUCUUUUAGCAGAGCAACCAGACUACAGUCCACAAAUCCUGCCAAAAGUAGUGGAGGAGAGCAUGCUGAAGAAUGGAGGAGUGGAGAACUGCAACAAUUUGUUUUGCAGUUGUGAGGAACAAGGGUCUCUGCUUUGGAGGUAUUGAAGUGAAAGAGUUGUAAUGGAGGACUAGGGUUUUCUUUUCUCUGCAUUGAAGAAAGUUUUCUACUUAAAAUUAGACUGGUAGUUGCCAUUUUUAUAUGAAACUGUAGAUCUCUAACCAGAGCUCUUUCUAAUGCAGUAUAUUAAUUAAGGUAUUAUGGCUACCGGCUGAAAUAUAUAUUUUUGAUGUUGACUCUAAGCAGACUUUUUUAAUGAAAUGGAGGAACUAAUAUCUUGUGGGCUCUACUAAAUAGAGGAAUUAAUAUCUUGUGGGAUCUACAAAGUACUAUUAUAAUAUCCCUUUCACAAGAGCUGCCUUCCAUCCACACAGAAAUGAAUCUAAAAUAUUGAAAAACCAUCAUUUUCUGUGGACAUGAGCUGCCCUUCACCCAUAUAGAAGUAAAUAUAAAAAAAUGAGAUU